AUGCAAAUCUCCCUGCAGCCUUCCUCGAGCGAUAUUGCGAUAUCAGGACCAGUCCUAUCGCAGUCACAGCUUGCGUUCCCGCCUGCGGAUGGAGAUCUCAACUUCGUCGAUUUGGAACUGAUACACAACUUCACUACCUCCGUAUAUACGACACUGUCGACGGAUCCGCUGGUCUGCCAAAUGUGGAGGGUGUCUGUCGUGCGCCUCGCGUUGAAAUGCGACUACGUCAUGCGCACGCUGCUUUCAAUAUCGGCACUCCAUCUUGCCCAUCAACAACCCGAGCGAAAGGAGGCUUUGGUGGCCAAGGCAUUGCUGUAUCAUCGGAUUGCGAGCCGAGAGGCGAUGGAUUUGAUGAGUGGCUUGGACGAGAGAAACGCGGAGAACUUGUUUUUGUUCUCCCUCUUGACCAUCUUCUUCGCUCUUGCUUCCGGGCGUUAUCUCAAGGAGUCCGCCGUUGUCUGGGAAUCAGCAUUCCCCGAUUGGACAUUUCUACUCUCGGGAACCUGCUCACUUAUAAAAAUGCUCAACGCGAGGACUUACAACGGCAUGCUGAGGCCCAUCAUCAACUACGCCACAGAACGAUUCUUCACAGCCAGGGGCGAUUCCUCGACACAUCCGGAGGCACUCAAUAGCCUCAGAAGGCUCAUCAACGACAACUGCCACGACGAAGCACUGCUCAACACCUAUAACUACGCGAUCGACGAGCUGCGGCAUCCUCUCUCACUGGCCCUAUAUAGUGGAGAACGCGGAAUGGAUAUCAUGGACAUGUUCAUCUGGAAAUAUUUCGUCGCGGAAGACUUUCUGCCCUUGCUCAAGUCUCCUGAGACAAACCAGGAAGCCGUUGUUAUUUAUGCACAUUUCUGCAUCGUAUUGAGUCGGCUAGAGAUAAAGUACACCGAGCAAUAUUAUCAAAUCUUCUAUAUUAUCAACAACAUGGAGUGGGCAAAGCAGACAUACAACCAGCAGUACGAGAGAUGGGUCCCUUGGCUUGAGGACAUCUACUUGCGUUGGUUCACUAAGGACAACAAGGCUAGCUACACUACCAAGGACACCCUCGGCAAGACCAAGGUGACCGGUGUAGAACAAGUCGACACUCUCCAAGACGGCGUCCACAACCUUGCCGCCGGCCAGGUCGGUCAAGGAGGUCUCCUUCAACCAGUCGGCGACCUCGCCUCCAAGGAGGGCCUCAACCGCGCCGAACGCCAAGGCAAGGAUGACGAUGGCGGCUACGUCCCGACCGCCGUCCCGGGCUCCAGCGCCGUCAACACCGCCGCCGGUGGCAUCGCCGACGGCAGCAGUACCGUCGCCGGCAAGACCACUGAGGGUGUCAAGGGCGCCGGCAGCUACGUUGGUGGCCUCUUCGGCGGUAGCAAGAAGGAGCAGCAGAAGUAA